CACUUUCCAAGAACAUCAUACACACAAAUUUUUAGUUCUCCUUCCUUUUCUUACCCUAAGCUAUUCCAAACAUGGCUUCAAAACCUGGCAUUCUCACCAAUUGGCCAUGGAAGCCUCUCGGCAGUUUCAAGUGGGUGAUUUUGACACCAUGGAUCGUGCACAGCACUUACUCCUUCAUAGUGAAUGAUCCAAAGAAGAAAAACCUUGCUUACUUCCUCAUCUUCCCCUACAUGUUGGUCAGGAUGCUGCAUGACCAAAUUUGGAUCACACUUUCCCGCCACAGAACGGCCAAAGGCAAAUCCAGAAUCGUUGACAAGGCCAUUGAAUUCGAACAAGUUGAUCGAGAAAGCAACUGGGAUGACCAGAUCUUGUUCAAUGGGAUAUUGUUCUACGUAGGUUAUAUGUUAAUUCCAGAAGCUUCUCAGAUGCCCUUGUGGAGAUUGGAUGGUGUGGUUAUCACUGCUCUUUUACAUGCAGGACCAGUGGAGUUUCUGUAUUAUUGGCUGCACAGAGCACUUCAUCAUCAUUUUCUCUAUUCCAGAUACCAUUCUCAUCACCAUUCUUCCAUUGUCACAGAACCCAUUACUUGUAGGUUUUUCAUUUUCUUCUUUUAGUAAUUUUUCCAUUUUUUUAUGCAUAUA